AAAAGAUCAAGAGAAGGAAAUCAAGGAGCCACUCUUAUAACUUACCAGAUAACCACAGCAGGCUCAGUUAGACAGACCAAGUUCCCAGGAAAAAAGCUACAGGCACUUGAGGAUAAACUGCUUCCAACAGCUUUUAUCUUAAAGCUGACCUGGAAGGCUUUGACUCCCAAUUACAAGGUGUUUUGGACACCCUCAGUAUUUGCCUCAUCUUUUCUAGUCAAACCUGAUUCAUGAAAUGGACUAAAGCUGAAAAAUCAUCUGCUUCUUUGUCUGUGAAUUUGAGACACGAUUGGGAUGGUCUUCAGUGCAUACAACUAGAUUCAAACUGCAGCUAUGAGUUCAGAUGAGAAGGGCAUAUCCCCUGCUCAUAGAACAUCCACCCCCACCCAUAGAAGUGCCUCCUCUUCAGCAUCCUCUCAAAGGGACAGUAGGCAGAGUAUCCACAUACUGGAGAGGACUUCUUCCUCUAGCACUGAACCCUCUGUAAGUCGGCAACUGCUGGAACCGGUCCCCCUCUCCAAGGAAGCUGACAGCUGGGAAAUUAUAGAAGGGCUGAAAAUAGGCCAAACCAAUGUCCAGAGACCAGACAAACAUGAAGGCUUUAUGCUAAAGAAGAGAAAAUGGCCUUUAAAGGGCUGGCACAAGCGUUUUUUUGUCCUGGAUAAUGGAAUGUUAAAGUAUUCAAAGGCACCACUUGACAUUCAAAAAGGGAAGGUCCACGGAAGCAUCGAUGUCGGACUCUCUGUCAUGUCAAUUAAAAAGAAAGCUCGGAGAAUAGACCUUGACACCGAAGAACACAUCUAUCAUUUGAAGGUGAAAUCCCAGGACUGGUUUGAUGCAUGGGUCUCCAAACUGCGCCAUCAUCGAUUGUAUCGGCAGAAUGAAAUUGUGAGAUCACCACGAGAUGCUAGUUUUCACAUAUUUCCUUCAACCUCCACAGCUGAAUCCUCACCAGCUGCUAAUGUUUCUGUUGUGGAUGGAAAGGCGCAGCCAAACAGCUUUCCAUGGCAGUCCCCUUUACCAUGCGGUAGCAGCCUCCCUGCAACCUGCACGACCGGGCAGAGCAAAGUGGCAGCUUGGCUACAAGACUCGGAAGAAAUGGACAGGUGUGCAGAAGACCUUGCACACUGCCAGUCAAACCUUGUGGAACUUAGCAAACUCCUGCAGAAUUUGGAAAUACUUCAGAGAACUCAGUCAGCGCCUAACUUUACUGACAUGCAGGCUAACUGUGUAGAUAUUUCAAAGAAAGACAAGCGGGUCACAAGACGAUGGAGAACAAAAAGUGUCAGCAAAGAUACAAAAAUACAACUGCAGGUUCCUUUCAGUGCUACCAUGUCCCCGGUUCGCUUGCAUUCCUCCAACCCCAACCUUUGUGCAGAUAUUGAAUUUCAGACUCCCCCUAGCCACCUCACAGACCCUCUGGAAAGUUCAAUGGAUUAUACAAAGCUUCAAGAAGAAUUUUGUCUAAUUGCACAGAAAGUGCAUUCUCUUUUGAAGUCAGCGUUUAAUAGCAUAGCUAUAGAGAAGGAGAAGCUUAAGCAGAUGGUUUCUGAGCAGGAUCACAAUACAGGCCACAGCACACAGAUGGCACGGCUCCGACAGUCACUGUCUCAGGCACUCAACCAGAAUGCUGAACUAAGGAGUCGGUUGAACAGAAUACAUUCAGAAUCUAUUAUUUGUGAUCAGGUUGUCAGUGUAAAUAUUAUUCCUAGCCCUGAUGAGGCUGGUGAGCAAAUCCAUGUCAGUCUCCCCCUGUCACAACAAGUAGCCAAUGAGAGCCGCCUCUCCAUGUCGGAGUCUGUCUCUGAGUUCUUCGAUGCCCAAGAAGUGCUCCUCUCUGCAAGCUCAUCAGAGAAUGAGGCUUCAGAUGAUGAGUCUUACAUCAGUGAUGUGAGUGAUAAUAUAUCUGAAGACAACACCAGUGUUGCAGACAACAUUUCUCGGCAAAUCUUGAACGGGGAGCUUACAGGAGGAGCCUUCCGAAACGGACGUCGAGCACGCCUGCCAGCUCCCUGUCCCGACACCAGUAACAUUAACCUAUGGAAUAUCUUGAGGAACAACAUUGGUAAAGACCUGUCUAAAGUCUCCAUGCCUGUGGAGCUAAACGAGCCACUCAACACUCUGCAGCAUCUCUGCGAGGAAAUGGAGUAUAGUGAGCUUCUGGACAAGGCUUCGGAAACGGACAGUCCCUAUGAGCGCAUGGUUCUUAUUGCUGCAUUUGCAGUUUCAGGAUAUUGCUCCACCUAUUUCAGAGCAGGAAGUAAGCCAUUCAACCCUGUCCUUGGGGAGACUUAUGAAUGCAUUAGAGAGGACAAAGGAUUCCGUUUUUUCUCAGAACAGGUUAGCCAUCAUCCACCCAUUUCUGCCUGUCACUGUGAAUCGAAGAAUUUUGUGUUUUGGCAAGAUAUCAGAUGGAAAAACAAGUUCUGGGGGAAGUCGAUGGAAAUCCUGCCUGUGGGAACCCUGAACGCCAUGCUUCCAAAGUAUGGAGAUUGCUAUGUGUGGAAUAAGGUCACCACGUGCAUACACAACAUCCUGAGUGGGAGGAGAUGGAUAGAGCAUUACGGAGAAGUAACCAUUAGAAAUACCAAAAGCAGUGUUUGCAUUUGCAAACUCACAUUUGUCAAGGUGAAUUAUUGGAAUUCUAAUGUGAAUGAAGUCCAGGGGGUUGUGAUGGAUCAGGAAGGGAAGGUGGUGCACCGGCUGUUUGGGAAGUGGCAUGAAGGGCUGUACUGCGGUGUGGCCCCUUCCGCCAAGUGCAUCUGGAGACCAGGUUCCAUGCCGACCAACUAUGAGCUCUACUAUGGCUUCACAAGGUUCGCUAUUGAGCUUAAUGAGUUAGAUCCUGUACUAAAAGAUCUCCUUCCACCAACAGAUGCCCGAUUCCGGCCAGAUCAGAGAUUUUUGGAAGAAGGGAAUUUAGAAGCUGCAGCAGCAGAGAAGCAAAGAGUAGAGGAACUCCAGAGAUCUCGAAGACGAUACAUGGAAGAAAACAACCUUGAACAUAUACCAAAAUUUUUUAAAAAAGUGAUUGAUGCCAAUCAAAGAGAAGCCUGGGUUUCUAACGACACCUACUGGGAGCUGCGAAAGGACCCUGGUUUUAGCAAAGUAGACAGCCCUGUUCUUUGGUAAACUGGGAAUAUAGAGCUAGCCAACAUAACACGUUCUGAAUGAAUAAAUAACUAUGCACAAUUAUGUUUCUUAGAGCUCCGCGUGGUUUCUGGGUCGACUGAAAACUGACCAUUUGCUUUUCUAUUCAUCUUUAUAAUAGACUUUCAGAAGUGCAUUAGACAAGGCCCCUAACCACUUUCAGAUCCUUUCUGUUUUGCUGCAACCAUAUUCCUU